GCACCUGCAUGGUGUGCGCGGGUGGGGCGGGGGUUGGAGGGGGAGUUAAUGAUUUGCCAUAGGCUCAUUUCGCAACUUAACCAAGAGUCAGCUUCCCGUGACCAUGUACCAGUUGAGUCCCCCGGGCCACGCUCCACUUGUCCGCUUCCAACCGGAAGGCCCCCCAGGCUGUGUGCGGCAUGAUCUCCAUCACCGAAUGGCAGAAGAUUGGUGUGGGGAUCACCGGUUUCGGCAUCUUCUUCAUCCUCUUUGGAACACUCCUGUACUUUGAUUCCGUGCUCCUGGCCUUUGGAAACCUGCUGUUCCUGACGGGCCUCUCCUUCAUCAUCGGCUUGAGGAAGACCUUUCAGUUCUUCUUCCAACGGCACAAACUCAAGGGAACCAGCUUCUUCCUGGGGGGUGUGGUUGUCGUGCUCCUACGCUGGCCCCUCCUGGGUAUGUUCCUGGAAACCUACGGAUUCUUCAGCCUGUUCAAGGGCUUUUUCCCUGUUGCCUUCGGCUUCCUGGGCAAUGUCUGCAACAUCCCCUUCCUGGGUGCGCUGUUCCGGAGACUUCAAGGCACUAGCUCAAUGGUCUGAACAACAGAGAUGAGCUCCUUGAACUUGGAUCAUUGGUUGAGGGGGCUGGAGAGAGAAUGGGAACCACCCCCUCAGUCCCCCGCACUGACUCACUCCCGGUCAUAUCUGGACCUCCCCAAGUCCAGAAGGAAGGAUGGAGCUGAGCAACUGACGUCAAAUCCCCAAGUCGACUCAAGAGGCUGCCAGGAAGCAGAGACGCAGAGCCCCAAGGAGAUUGGGCUGGGGCUGGCAUCACACCCUCACUAUAUAUUUACAGAAGGAAAAGUGAAGAUUAAAUUCCCAAGCUGUGCGUGUG